GCCGGGGCCGCCAUGGUGGCGCGGGCGCUGUGGGCGCUGCUGGCGGCGCUGCGGGCGGGCUGGUGCCUCCUGCCGCAGAGCGGGUACCUGCACCCCGACGAGUUCUUCCAGGCGCCCGAGGUCAUGGCAGGAGAUAUUUUAAAUCUACAGGUGUAUUAUCCAUGGGAGUUCCUUUCCAACUCUCCUUGCAGAACAGUUGUUUUCCCAUUAAUGACAUCAGGAGUUACGUACUGGGUGAUCAAGUCUUUGCAGCAGUUGGACAUAUGUUCAAGUUGCAUCAACAGCUACACUCUCCUUGUAUCUCCUCGCCUGCUCUUUACAAUCUUUUCUUUCAUACUCGACUAUAGUGUUUAUCGAUUGGCUCCUUUCUGGGGGGCAGAUCCGUGGAAAGCGCUGGUACUUCUUGCUGGAUCCUAUGUCACGCUGGUGUUUUAUACAAGGACGUUUACCAAUACACUUGAAGGACUUCUCUUUGCUCUUCUCAUGGUACUGGUUUCUUCAAGGAAGUCCAGUGGCUGUUCAGCAGAGCCUACAGGCAGCUCUCUCAUAGGUGUCAUAACAACUGCUGGGUUUUUCAACAGGCCAACCUUUCUGGCAUUUGCUCUAAUGCCCCUGCUUUACUGGGCCAGUUUAAUUGUUGACUCUCAAAAGAGCAUUAAAACUCUCAUAAAUGACUUCUUGAAGUUUAUCCUAUGUGCAUGUUUUACUGCUUUUGUUUUCAUAGCUGCUGACACCUUCUAUUUUACCUCCGUCAGCUUAGACAACCUCUACAGCACUAACAAGAGCAGCCUAAUUGAUGUAAUCAUUCAAUUACACGACAAAAUGGUAGUAACCCCCUUCAAUUUUCUCAGCUAUAAUCUUGAUCCUCAUAAUCUUGCACUGCAUGGAAGUCACCCACGAGUUACACAUUUUACAGUCAAUGGAGUAAUGCUGUUUGGUAUCUUACAUAUUCUGGCCAUUGGUGCUGGCUUUAAAAUGCUAAAGAAAUGUGUCCAUCAGUUAAUGCUGGUCAGAUGGUGUUACCGUGGGCUGCCUGGGCUCUUGGUGCAUUCUGAGGGCAGUCCAACGUUGCUGCUGUUUUAUUUUGUUCCUUUGGCAUUUCUCUCCCUGUUCAGUCACCAGGAGCCUCGGUUUCUCAUCCCUCUCAUCCUGCCGUUGGUCCUGUUCAGCGCGUCACCAAGCAGAGCUGUGAAAUGGAAGCUCCUCAUUGUUCUCUUCAACCUUCUGGGGGCACUUCUUUUCGGAUGCUUGCACCAGGGAGGGCUCAUUCCCUGUUUGUUUCACUUGGAGCAGCUCAUCCAUUCUCCAGCGUCCUCAAGCCAUUCAGGGCACUACACUCUGCUCUUUGCACACACCUACAUGCCUCCAAGGUCCCUGCUCAAUAUCAAGAAGACAGAUGUGCAUGUGGAAGUCAUUGACAUGGCUGGGGCUGGAGAAGAAACCCUCUGCCAGACAGUAGAGCAGCGAGCAAGCAAUUUUACCUGCAGCAACUGUCAUAUCUUUAUUAUAAUCCCUGGUACUGUCAGAGCCACAGUUACAAAGUGUGGUGUCUCAUUCAAGAAUGAGACUUUGAUAUUUCCUCACUUGUCAAUGGAAGACCCACCACAAAUACCUGUCCUAUCCAGUGGAAAUUGGAGGAGUCAGUUAGGACUUUAUAUCCUUGAGCUAAACAGAGAUCAUCAGAGCCUUUAGAUUUUAGGAGAACAAAGUUUUAGUCUUUUACUUCAUU